UGGGGGCUCAUGAUAACUACAUCUGCACAGAUAGGAUUAAAUCCGGUCUUUGUUUAAAUCCAUUAAGGCCCAAAACCUCAGCACUUAGUAGUUUUAUUUGCUUGUCUAAAAGUGUCUCCAAACUAUGCAGCAGGGCAAGGAAAGCAGAAUCCUGAUAGAAGGAUCUGUAUGCAUGGAAAAUACAAUUACAAAUAUGAAUCAUAAAACAGAAACUAAAAUGCAUAAAAUGCUCUUUCUUAAUAUAAUUAAUAUACUUAUUUUUGUAUUUUUGUGAGAUGUGCAGUGGGAUGCGCUAAAGCUGUUGCUGCUGAACUACAACUCACACCAUCACCUACAGGCUAAGCUGUGCCAAAUCAUUUGCUGGCUGCUGCUCAGACCCUAGGAUGCCAAGCACCGUGCUGUGGGCAACUGAUAUUUUUGGGAAAGUUUUCACUUUGUCGACAGAUGGGCAGCAGUGGGCACCGUGCAAGAAUGGGCACGUAGAGUUCAAGCGGGUAUCCGCAGUACGAUCGUGUUGCUGGGGGGUCGGCUGCAACCAUCAGAUAUAUCUUUAUGUCCAUGCCAGUGAUCUUCCCAUUCGGUAUCAAGAAGAAACCUAUGAGAAUCAGCGCUGGAAUCCAGUGGACGGAUACUGUGAGAAACUUCUGCCCAGUGACCGCUGGCAGUGGAGCGAUGUCACAGGGUUACGGCACCAGCAACUGGAGAGCUUUAUGCUCCCCUCUCCCCACUGGGAGUGGGAGUCUGAUUGGUAUGUGGAUGAGAAUAUUGGUGGAGAGCCCACAGAAAAAGGGGGCUGGACCUAUGCUAUAGAUUUCCCUGCAACGUACACCAAGGAUAAAAAGUGGAACUCCUGCGUUCGCCGGCGGAGAUGGAUCCGAUACAGAAAAUACAAGUCCAGAAACACUUGGGCCAAGAUUCCAUCACAUGAGGAUAACAAGAAGUUGCCGGAUCCUUUCAAUGACAUUACAGUUGGAGGUUGGGAAAUUACAGAUGAGCCUGUGGGAUGUCUGUCGGUGUGGGCAGCAUCUUUACAAGGAAAGGUUUGGUACCGAGAGGAUGUCUGCCAAAACAUCCCAGAGGGUUCAUCCUGGACUGAAUUAGAGACUCCCAGUGAGGUCAUACAGAUCAGCUGUGGCCCUAAUGACCUUCUGUGGGCUUCCCUUUGGGAAGGCCAAGCCAUGGUGAGAGAAGGUAUCAACAGGAAUAACCCAAAGGGAAGUUCGUGGACCAUCGUUGAAGCACCAACUCCUGAGAAUGGCAUAAUGCAUGUGUCUGUUGGAGUGAAUGUGGUGUGGGCAGUGACCAAGGAUCGGAAGGUAUGGUUUAGGCGUGGAGUAAACUCCCAUAACCCAUGUGGCACUGGCUGGAUAGAGAUGGUGGGAGAAAUGGCAAUGGUGGAUGUUGGACUAAAUGACCAGGUGUUUGGAGUUGGAUAUGAGGAUCGUGCGGUUUAUUUUCGACAGGGCGUCACUCCAAGUGAACUAAGUGGGAAAGCUUGGAAAUCCAUAGUGGUUCCCAGGGGAAAUGAAAGGUCAAACUCAGAAAGUCCAAAUAGCCUUCUCAGUGCCGGCUGUUUUUUCGGAGAUGAAAUCAAGGAGCAUUCCGAUUCGCCAAUCCCUUCUGACAUAGAGAGCUCUUCAGAACCCGAACAGUCUGCUGUGCAGGAAAACUCUUCUGAUUCAUCCGAACCAGCUGAUGUGGGCCCCAGUCAGCAGGAUGAGCCCAAGGAUGAGGAACUAAGUGCAGUUUUAGAGCUUGAUGGCCAACAAAAAGCAGGAUCUAGUCUCUCUAAAGACAGUGGUGAAGACUCUGCCCACUCAGCGGGCCCUGUGCCAAAGGCUGGAGCCCCUAAAUGGACAAGCAUUGACUUGUUGGAAGCACGUAUUAAUCCAGCCAGAGCUUCAGGUGAUAUGACUGGAUUGUCUACGCUUGGAAUAUUCACUGCAGGAGAAGAGGAGUCCUUUGUGUGUGAAACACAUCCUUUGUGGACUUGGGUAUCUGGGGGUGGCUGCCUUGUUGAGUCCCAUACGCCUCUGAAGUGGUUUACGCUACAGACAGGUUUAUCUGCCUCCAUGCAGUCACUCUCUUUGUCCAUCACUCCGGCCCACACUGCAGCCUGGCGGAAGCAGAUAUUUGACCAGCUCAGCGAGCGCUCCAAACGAGAACUUGACAGUUUCCGGCACUAUGAGCAAGCUGUAGAACAGUCCGUAUGGGUUAAGACUGGAGCUCUGCAGUGGUACCGGGACUGGAAACCAAACAAGUGGAUUGAUGUCCGUGUGGCUCUUGAACAGCUCACAGGCACUGAUGGCUCCCGAGACAGCAUUCUCUUUGUAUACUACACUCAUGGUGAGGAGAAGAAGUACAUACAUAUAUUUCUGAAUGAAGUGACCAUUUUAGUGCCUGUUGCAAAUGAAGCUAAACACUCCUUUGCCAUCUACACUCCAGAAAAGACCAAACAAAGAUGGCCAAUUCGGCUGGCAGCUGCCACGGAGCAGGAAAUGCAUGACUGGCUUGUUCUACUAAGUAUGUCCUGCUAUGAGAGCAGAAAGUUACAGGGCGCCCCCUCCAGUCAAGCUAUCUGGUCCGUUACAUGUAAAGGGGACAUCUUUGUCAGUGAACCCAAAGCAGAUCUCGAGUCUCUCUCUAACGGCAGGUCAUGUGACCAGAUGUUCUGGCGUCAGAUUGGGGGACACCUCAGGAUGGUGGAGAGCAGCAGCAAUGGAGUUGUGUGGGGGCUCGGAUAUGACCAUACAGCAUGGGUUUAUACUGGCGGUUAUGGCGGGGGUUUCUUUCCAGGUAUUGCUAGCAGCACAGACAACAUAUUUCCACAGACUGACACAAAAUGUGUGUAUAUCUACGAGAAUCAGAGGUGGAAUCCCAUCACUGGAUACAGCAGCACAGGCCUGCCUACAGACAGAUACAUGUGGAGUGAUGCUUCAGGCUUACAGGAGUGUACAAAGACCAACACAAAGCCUCCAUCUCCACAAUGGACAUGGGUGUCGGACUGGUAUAUAGACUUUAAUGUUCCCAGUGGAACAGACCGAGAAGGAUGGCAGUUUGCUGCAGAUUUUCCAGCAUCCUAUCAUGGGUACAAGACCAUUAAGGACUUUGUUCGCCGGAGACGCUGGGCCAGAAAAUGCCGCAUAGUGACAAGUGGACCUUGGCUGGAGGUCCCUCCUAUCUGCCUGUGGGAUAUCUCCAUAUCGCCGAGCAGUGGAGCUCACAAUAGCGAAUCAAUAGCUCUGUGGGCAAUUAGCAACAAGGGAGACGUACUGUGUCGACUCGGCGUCACAAAACAGAGUCCAAGUGGUUCCUCUUGGCUCCAUGUUGGAACAGAUCAGCCAUUUAUUUCAGUCUCUGUCGGAGGGUGCCUUCAGGUGUGGGCAAUAGCAAGAGACGGGUCUGCCUUCUACCGUGGCUCGGUGUCGCCUGCCCAGCCUGCCGGUGACUGCUGGUAUCACAUCCCCUCACCUCACAAGCAGAAGCUGCAGCAGGUCUCAGUGGGACACACGUCAGUCUUUGUUGUGGAUGAAAAUGGAAACCUGUGGUUCCGCCAUGGAAUUACCCCUACCUACCCUCAAGGAACAACAUGGGAGCAUAUGUCAAAUAAUAUCCGUAAGGUGUCUGUGGGGCCCCUUGACCAGAUUUGGGUGAUCGCAGACAAAGUUCAAGGGAGCCACAGUCUGAGCUGUGGAACAGUCUGCCAUCGCUUGGGUGUGCAGCCAAUGCAACUAAAGGGGCAUUCCUGGGAUUAUGGAAUAGGGGGAGGUUGGGAGCACAUUACUGUGAGAGGGAACAGGGCCGAUAUGGCCAAAACCCUGCAACCUAAAGAAAAUGCCACAGAGAAACCAGAUCCACAGGAAGAAAAUGGAGAGUCAGCCUUCUCGCAUAUAGCAAACUGCUGACUCUGCAAUACAAGAUGGCCUCUUGGAAUGGACCUUACCGGUGAUACAAUCCUACUUCAGUGCUUGUUCAUUUAUUGCUUGGAGAACAGAUCAGUCUCACGUAUUUAUUUAGCAUGUUGUGGGAAGUGUUUAGCUUUAACAAUGGUAAACUGUGAAACUAUCUCUAGGCAUUUUUAGCCCUUAACAUAUAGGGGACGCUGUGUUCUAAAAGCAAUCAUGUUUGUGUUUAUCAGUACCUUGAAGUGAAAAUAAUGUUAACCUUUAUUAGGAUAUUCAGUGGUAUUAAUAUUUAUGCACAGCUCACUGUCUCAUCUCUGUCAAGCUCCAAAGUUUAGUACAGGAGAUGUUGAAGGUCCUUGAGUUGUCAUAGGCCAAAUUUAAAACAGACCAUCAAGGUUUUCAUAGGUAGGCAUAUAAUAAGUCAAUUUGGACUUGAUUGAUAUCUGUUUGCUUAGAUAUCAAUUAAACUGGGCAGAAAUAGGAGUUUUCCUUACAGGAGAAUGGGGUGCUAAAUAUCUCCCAAACUGUCCUGCCCCAUUAUUGUUGUUUUUAACCCUUUAAAAUGCCGUACGACCACAACUGGUUGGGCAUUAGUAGGGAUGCUGUAAACUAUUGACUGAAUGAAUUAAGUACAGCCUAAGAUUGGUUUUAUUUCAACUUUUUUAUUUGCUUUUAGAGAAUUACUGUGUUUCUGGGUCAUCCUUUUAAUAUAAUCUGUCUCUUGAACAUGUGGUAUGAGAAAUAAUAGGCCUGCUAGAUGUAGAAAGAUGAACAGCGCUGGUUCUAAUGGAAGAAGAAGGAUUGAAUGUUUAACAAAUACAAGCACCACCAUGGCAUCUCAGAACUCUACAAUGUCGCUGUCAUGAGUGCCAUUACAAAACAGCACUUCCAAAGCAAAACGCUUUAAUAAUAGGUUCACUUUCUAGAGUAGUGCCAUAUACUCUUCUGUAAUUAUCUGUAAGCAGAUAAUUCUAAUAGCCACAGCUGGGAAACAAGGUGUUGCUUCCAAAGGUUCCCCGAGACUCCAGUCUAGUGAGAUGCAGAUACAGAUACAGUCUAGUGAGAUACAGAUACAGUCUAGUGAGAUGCAGAUACAGAUACAGUCUAGUGAGAUACAGAUACAGUCUAGUGAGAUGCAGAUACAGAUACAGUCUAGUGAGAUGCAGAUACAGAUAUCCUCAGCAUUCUCCUGGCAUUAUACUGCCUGUUAUGCGCUGUAAGCACAACCCUUAAUAUUCCUUGUGUACAAUACAGGCUUCUACGCUGAGUUGAUCCAACUUGAUUGGGUAUCAUACUGUUCCUGAAUCAUAAAAAUGAAAGGCAUGUUAGCCUUAUAUAUACCUCAUGCAAGGGAAAGCAUUAAACAUAGGGUCCCGUUUAUCAAGUUGAAAUUUUGUCCGAUCUCAAUGAAAAAUACUGUUUCUCCAGCAGAUUUCGCCAAUAUUUUUAGGAUAUUUAUGAAUGUUCAGUGUGUCUAUCUGGCUUUCCUGGAGCCCAAAGCUGCUGAGAUCUUUCUAUUACUCCAUAUUACUCAAAUAUUUUCAAGAGUUCCCAAUAAUUUUUGGAUUAUUUUUCAUUAAAGUGUAAGGGAUCUGCUGUAAUUGUGGAUGUACAACUUUAAUACAGAAUAACACACCCCACUCGGGGACAGGACAGAAGGAAUGGAGGUUUUGCAGAAGUUUCUUUAUGGAUGGUGUAUGAUAAUGCUCUUAUUUUGCCUGGAGUUACAAAUAUAUGUAUUUUUUGUAUAUUUUUAGUGUAAGAUUUGCUAUUGUUUCAUGAAAAAAACCCUACUCAUUUAUAUACAGGUAUGGGAUCCAUUAUCCGUAAACCUGUCUAAUUUAUCAAGUUGAAAUUUCGUCCGAUCUCAAUGACUGGCUUUCUGGAGCCCAAAGCUGCGGAGAUCUUUCUAUCACUUCACUUUACUCAAGUUUUCUCUAGAAUUCUGGAGUCUAAGGGAUCUACAGAUAAUGAAUAUGAGAAAGAACAAAUGUAAAUGACAAUAUGUGACUUCUCGUGCAAAAAUAAUGUUCCACAUGUCCCGAGACACAAAUGAUGUCCCAUAAUUUUACAUUUUCUUUCAGUAACCACACUAAGCUGGUCUUUUUGUCUUCCCUGUGCCUCCUAUCUAUGGUUGCUAGUCCAUCUGGUCCUACACAUACCUUCACAGCUAUGUUAGUGGCCGUUUUUCUUUUAGGCGUCUCCCUAUGCACCUGUUGAAAAAGGACUACUCACUGAAGAUGACAGAAGGCCUUUAGGAGUAGACGUGUAGGACUAUGAUGCCAGGAAAGUAUGAAUGACUUUCUAUCUCAAGUCAAAUCUAGUCAAAGGAAGAAGCUUCUUUAUAAAACAAAGGGAAAUCCCUGCAGCUGGAAUAUUAUUCUUCAUUCAUCUCUCUCAUUAUUUUCUCUUGACAUGUAUUUGAAGGUUUGACGUUUUCUCAUUAGGGGAAGCACCUUAAGGUACACACUGUAUGACUUCAGAACGGAAGCUGUAUGUUUAAAAAUAGGAUUAUUUAUUAUUGCGGCUAAUGUAGAGUUUCUCUGUACUCUUUAGAUACAAGUAAUAUUAAUUUGUUAUCAGCAUAGCAGAUGUAUUACUGAUAUAUUCCAUGUUUAGGCUAUAUUGGCUAGCAAACACUCUUGUAGUCACAUUCUUACUAAUGUGUAGACAUGUUAUUAUCAAGGAUUUGUUUACAUUUAUAUUUUUGGGUUCUAUUUUUUGUUUUGACUGUAUGGAGUUUUGGAAGAUGAAUAUUGUUGGUGUGUGUAUCCCCGUGGCUAAGCCAAACAUUCAAUCACACCUUUUGUUUAAAGGAAAAGCAAAGGUAAAAUUACCACGUUUUUAGGCACCCCUGAGCAAUUCUAGUCCCUUACCUGCUACCCUGGUGUCGCACUCCUCUUCUUUAAAAACGCACCAAAGGAUCACGCUCCAUCUUUUUGGUUCUCCUGGGUGUCCCUUCCACCAGUUCUAGUUGGGUUUCUGCACAAUCUUGGGAGAAGAUCUCGGCAUGACACACAACACAGUGCCCUUGCCCAGUGCAUUUUUUAAAGAAAGGAACACAAGCCCUGGGUAGUUAAUUUUACCUUUCUUUCUACUUUUUGUGAUGCUUUUAAAGGGGCGGUUCACCUUUUUAAGUUAACUGUUAGUAUGUUAUAAAAUGGCCAAUUCUAAGCAACUUUCCAAUUGGUCUUUGUUAUUUAUUUUUACAGUUUAUGAAUUAUUUGCCUUCUGUUCUGAUUCUUUCCAGUUUUCAAAUGGGGGGUCACUGUUCCCAGCAGCCAAAAAAGCAUUGCUCUGUGAGGUUAAAUUUUUAUUAUUAUUUGUUUUGAUUUUUCUAUUCAGGUUCUCUCCUAUUCAUAUACUCCUCAUCUGAACUGCUCCCUUGUUGCUAAUUUCAUUCUGACCCUAGCAACCAAGAAGCUGCUGAAAUGCAAGACUGGAGAGUUGCUGAACAAAAAGCCAAAUAAUUAACAAA